AUGAAACGUGUGGCAAUCGUUGGGGCAGGACCGAGUGGUCUUCCUUCGGCAAGGCAUGCCGUUCUAUAUGGUUUUGAGCCAGUUGUGUUUGAGAUGUCCGGCGAGGUGGGUGGCUUGUGGAAUUACAAGCCACAGGAUAGUGAAGAAGCAUCAGUGAUGAAAUCAACGGUGAUCAAUUCGUCAAAGGAAAUGAGCGCUUACAGCGAUUUUCCGCCGAAACCGGAAGUCGCUAAUUACAUGCAUAAUCGGAAAUUGCUUGAGUAUUUCCAACAAUACGCUCAACACUAUGACCUACACAAGUACAUCAAAUUUCAUCACAAAGUCGUCAACGUCAAG